ACUUCUUUCUUGAAGUUCAGUGUUGAAGACAAGCCAAAGUGGAACAUUUGCUGGGAUUGGGAGCGGCUGCAUACUCCGGCCAAAGCAGGGGACCAGUUGAAGGGGGAAGAGACAGUAUUUGCAGCAGGAAGAAACAGAACGCCUGGAUAACAGCAUGAGGGCCUGUGGAGGUCAGAUGUUGCUGUGUCUCAUAGCCCUUGCUGUCCUGCCAUUUGGGGUGUUAAAUCAAGAUCCAACAGAUGAUCCAGUAGAUACUUUGGGUGCAGCUGAUCCUGGGGAAACAGCAGCAGAUGAAAAAGGUGAUGCUACGACACCUGCCCCUGAUUGCCAUGAAGAGCAAUUUCCGUGCACACGUCUGUACUCUGUACGCAAGCCUGUGAAGCAAUGCAUCAGUUAUUUGUGUGUUACCAGCAUCCGCCGGACAUACAUGAUAAAUAAGGAAAUCUGCUCCCGCAUUGUUUGCAAAGAGGAUGAAGCCAUGCAGGAGGAGAUCUGCCGCCAGAUGGCUGGCUUGCCUCCACGCCGCCUCCGCCGCUCUGGUCAUCCCCAAGGGCCACUUUGCCGACGGAAGCAACAGCAGAAGGCUCUUGAUGCCCAGUGAGCAAGAAUUUCUACAGAAGACCAUGAGGAGGAGAACCCACCAAACAGUUCCACUGCUGACAACCCAACAUAGGUUUGCCUCGUGUGUUGGGAGGCGCUCCAUUUCAAAGAGCUUCCUUGCUUGCAUCUCCCUCACCUUUGGGAUGGGAUGCUAGCAUUGUCCUGUGCUCUCGCUUCUGCAUCACGCUUGCCUCAGGGCUGCUUAUAUAAGCCCUCUUCUUACACUUACCAUAACAUAUACAUACAUACCUGUAUACACAACUAGAGGAGUAGAGGCCCGUGCUGCUCUACCCCAGUACUUGGUUUCCACGACCCUAUUCUAGAGCUAAUUUGCCUCAGAGCGU